UCUAUAUUUCGUUUCGGUAUUUAGAGGCCACCGUAAACAACAUGGAGUCUGAUCUUAUUUACGAACUGAGUAAACGCACAGUGAAAACUCCUAAAGAAAAUGAAAGGGUUUAUAAAGAUGAAUGUGCAUUUUCAUUUGAUAAUCCUGAAAGUCCAGAUGGUCUUUACAUCUGUAUGAAUACAUUUCUUGGUGUUGGUAAAAGACACUUGCAUCCAUACUCUAGGAAAAGCAAACACGAUGUAUUUCUACAUAUCCAAAGGCUUAGGAAAGAGAUACCUAAAGAUGAGACAGCAAAUAUAGAAAAACCUACAAAACUGGCCAUAGGGGUAGCUGGAGGCUUUCAGACUGAUGAAAAGCGAUAUGAAUUUGAAGAAAGGGUUGCUAUAGUCAUACCAGACAAAGGAGAGAUUGGAUUUCCCCAUGAAUCUUUACCUAUGCAGAUACAACAGUCUGCUGCUCUGAUAAUAGCCGCAGAAGAUGCUAUUAAGAUGGAAGAGGCUGCUGCCAUGGCUGGCACCUGGGAGGGUGAACCCUUAGUGGUUUCAAAGUAUGCAGAGAAUCUCCAGCAGCUCAACAAUGGCAAAAAGAUUCCUCCCUCUGGCUGGAAGUGUGAGAAGUGUGAACUGAUGACCAACUUGUGGCUGAACUUGACCGAUGGCUCCAUCCUCUGUGGGCGACGUUUUUUUGAUGGAUCAGGGGGGAACAACCAUGCAGUGGAGCAUUUUCAGGAGGUGAAAUAUCCUUUGGCUGUCAAGUUGGGAACUAUCACAGCUACAAGUGGAGAUGUGUAUUCCUACGUUGAAGAUGAUAUGGUAGAAGAUCCAUACCUGGCUAAACAUCUGGCCCACUUUGGUAUCAAUGUAGCUGCUUUAGAAAAGACAGAUAAAACAAUGACAGAACUAGAGAUUGACAUUAAUCAAAAAAUUGGAGAGUGGGACGUCAUCCAGGAGGCAGGAAGUCAACUCAGGCCUUGUUAUGGUUCAGGCUACACUGGCAUGCGCAAUCUGGGUAACAGCUGCUACUUAAACUCUGUUAUGCAAGUCCUCUUUAGCAUACCAGAUUUUCAGAGGCGGUAUUAUGUCAAUACUGAACAACUUGUACAAAAUGCUCCACCCAACCCUGCCUCAGAUUUUAAUUUUCAGAUGAGUAAAUUGGCUUUUGGAUUGUUAUCAGGAGAGUAUUCCAAGAAUGUUGAGGCUGAAAAAGAAGAUUCUCCGCCUGGUGAAGCCAAAUAUUUACCUUCACCGCAAGGUAUACGCCCACAUGUAUUUAAAAAUCUAGUAGGGAAAGGUCAUGUUGAGUUCUCUACCAAAAAACAACAGGAUGCACAGGAGUUUUUUCUACAUAUGGUCUCGCUUAUAGAGAAAAACAGCCGAGACUCUGUCAACCCAUGUGAUUGUUUCCGUUUCCAAGUAGAAGAAAGGGUAAUGUGUUCUAUUUCAAAAAAAGUGCGUUACUCAAGGAGAGAGGAUUAUUGUCUUUCACUUCCUGUGCCCAUGGAAGCAGCUAUAAAUAAAGAAGAAGUACGAAAGUAUAAUGAACAAAAAAGUCAAGCGGGUACAUCCUAUGUGUUAAGUGAUCCUAAGAGUAUAGUCCGUCCCAUCAUUCCUUUCACGGAAUGCCUUUCUGUCUUUCAAGAAUCAGAACCUGUUGAAGAAUUCUACAGCUCUGCAAUACAGGGGAAGACACUAGCCUUAAAGACAACUCGCUUAGCUUCAUUCCCAGACUAUUUGAUGGUUCAGCUCAGAAAAUUUACUGUUGGUGAUGACUGGGUACCCAGAAAACUAGAUGUCUCUGUGCAAGUACCAGACGAACUAGAUCUAAGUUAUUUAAGAGGUUAUGGACUACAGUCAGGGGAAGAGGAGCUGCCUGCAGGGGAUUCACCACCAGAACCUCCCAUGGAGAUUUGUGAGAUAACUGUAGGGCAGCUGGUAGAUAUGGGGUUCCCACGAGAAGCCUGUCGGAAAGCUGUAUUCAAAACAAAGAACCAAGGUGUAGAAGCAGCCAUGAACUGGGUAAUGGAACACAUGGAGGAUCCAGACUUUUCAGAGCCACUGGAAGUCCCUACAGCUGGUACAAAACAUUUUGAGGCUAACCCAGAAGGUUUAGGGAUGCUAAUGUCCAUGGGAUUCAACCUGGAACAAGCAACUAAAGCCCUUAAGGCCACUGACAACAAUACUGAAAGGGCAGUGGAUUGGAUCUUUAGCCAUGCAGAUGAAAUAAGUCAACCAAUGGAAACAGAGGAUAGAACUGAAGGUCAAUCUCAAGCUCCAAAAUUUAAAGAUGGCUCAGAAAAGUAUAAACUUGUUGCCUUUAUCAGUCACAUGGGAACCUCAACAAGUGUCGGCCAUUAUGUUUGCCACAUUCUCAAGGAUGGACAGUGGGUAAUCUUCAAUGAUGAGAAAGUGGCGCUCUCUGAGCACCCACCCAAAGACCUAGCCUAUCUGUACCUGUACCAGAGACUGGCAUGAGGCUGGACUCAGCUGACAAGCUGUGACACUGAAACAACUUGACAUAGUUCACUGACAUUGUAUGUCCUAAUUGCAUCAUUCAGAUAUGCAUCGUGUUUGUAUGUUAUCUUUUCAUUUAUUUUUUUUUUGGUUCAGCUCUUUAUACAUAAAUUGUAAUUUUAAAUUAUUGACGGUUUAUCCUGUUAGUACUCAUAGAUAAUUCCAGCCAAAUGUCUUCAUUGCUGCUUAUAGACAGAAGCAAUGUUUCCUUUUUACAAAUAUUCAAUCUUCAAAGUACCAGCAUUUCCCCAUUAAUUUUGGAUGUUGCUCUACAGCAUUAAGUAGACAAUUAUUGUCAUUAAAAAAAAGUUUCAUGUUAGCAGUAAAGCUGUUACAUACAAUAGUGUUAGUUUUAAUUAUUUUUUUUAGAGACUUUUUUUU